UUUCCGUCUUCCGUCUUGACUGACGGUCGUCCCGCCCAAUAGCCGUCUGCUGUCUGACUGCGUUUCGCCCUUGGGAGUAACAUUUUGACCAAUAGGAGGCCCUGGCGGGGGCAGGCGGGGUUGACCACGCCCACAGACCGCAGCGGGAACCAAUGAGGACCGCGCGCGGGGGACGUGUGCGGGCGUCUCCGCCAUCUUGUGAGUCUAUAACUCGGAGCCGUUGGGUCGGUUUCUGCUAUUCCUGCGCCUCCGCUCCGUUCCCCGCGGGUCUCCUCGGUGUGCCAUGGACGGCAUCGUCCCAGACAUAGCAGUCGGUACAAAGCGGGGAUCCGACGAGCUCUUUUCCACGUGUGUCAGCAACGGCCCCUUCAUCAUGAGCAGCUCCACCUCAGCAGCCAAUGGAAACGAUAGCAAGAAGUUCAAAGGUGACAACAGGAGCGCAGGAGUCCCUUCCAGAGUCAUUCAUGUCCGAAAGCUACCCAGCGAUGUUACUGAGGGCGAGGUCAUCUCCCUGGGGCUGCCCUUUGGGAAGGUUACCAAUCUCCUUAUGCUGAAGGGGAAGAACCAGGCCUUCAUUGAAAUGAAUACAGAGGAGGCUGCCAACACUAUGGUUAACUACUACACGUCGGUGGCGCCAGUGCUUCGUGGACAGCCCAUCUAUAUCCAGUUCUCCAACCACAAAGAGCUCAAGACUGACAGCUCGCCCAACCAGGCACGUGCCCAGGCAGCCCUGCAGGCUGUGAACUCCGUCCAGUCUGGAAACCUGGCCUUGGCAGCCUCCGCUGCUGCCGUGGACGCAGGAAUGGCAAUGGCAGGCCAGAGCCCAGUGCUCAGGAUCAUUGUGGAAAACCUUUUCUACCCAGUGACCCUGGACGUGCUGCACCAGAUCUUCUCUAAGUUUGGCACAGUCCUGAAGAUCAUCACGUUCACCAAGAACAACCAGUUCCAGGCGCUGCUGCAGUAUGCUGACCCUGUGAGCGCCCAGCACGCCAAACUGUCCCUGGAUGGCCAGAACAUCUACAACGCCUGCUGCACGCUUCGCAUCGAUUUCUCCAAGCUCACCAGUCUCAACGUCAAAUACAACAAUGAUAAGAGCAGAGACUACACUCGACCUGACCUGCCCUCUGGAGACAGCCAACCUUCGCUGGACCAGACCAUGGCAGCAGCCUUUGGUGCGCCCGGCAUAAUGUCAGCCUCUCCGUAUGCAGGAGCCGGGUUCCCUCCCACCUUUGCCAUCCCUCAGGCCGCAGGCCUCUCUGUCCCUAAUGUCCAUGGAGCCCUGGCCCCCCUGGCCAUCCCGUCUGCUGCUGCUGCUGCUGCGGCUGGCCGCAUUGCCAUCCCAGGGUUGGCAGGUGCUGGGAAUUCCGUCCUUUUGGUCAGCAACCUGAACCCUGAGAGAGUCACACCCCAAAGCCUCUUUAUUCUCUUCGGUGUCUAUGGUGAUGUGCAACGGGUGAAGAUCCUGUUCAAUAAGAAGGAGAAUGCACUUGUGCAGAUGGCAGACGGCAGCCAGGCCCAACUGGCCAUGAGCCACCUGAAUGGGCACAAGCUGCACGGGAAGUCAGUGCGCAUCACACUGUCAAAGCAUCAGAGUGUGCAGCUGCCUCGGGAGGGUCAGGAGGACCAGGGCCUGACCAAGGAUUAUGGCAGCUCCCCGCUGCACCGCUUCAAGAAACCAGGCUCCAAGAACUUCCAGAACAUCUUUCCACCCUCAGCUACCCUGCACCUCUCCAACAUCCCGCCUUCUGUGUCAGAGGAUGACCUCAAGAGCCUCUUCUCCAGCAAUGGUGGUGUGGUCAAGGGCUUCAAGUUCUUCCAGAAGGACCGCAAGAUGGCAUUGAUCCAGAUGGGCUCUGUGGAGGAGGCAGUGCAGGCGCUGAUUGAACUGCACAACCAUGACCUGGGCGAGAACCACCACCUGCGAGUGUCCUUUUCCAAGUCCACCAUCUAGGUGCCUGUGGGCCUGCAUCAGCUUCCACCAUUCCAGAAAAGCCACUUUAAAAAGCAGCUGAAGUGACCUUACAGACCAGAGAUUUUAUUUUUUUAAAGAGAGAUCAGUUUACCUGUUUUUAAAAAAAUUAAAUCUAGCCCACUCUACCGUGGCAGGAAAUGGCUUGGGCCACAGAGGCCCAGUCAAUCCCAGCACCAUGCCUUGAGGGGCUCAGGCGUGAGGCCACAGCGGUGCCCCAAACACAGCCGCUUUCUGUGCCUUACAAACCAGCGUGCCUCACGGCUGUACACCUAUCCUCUAAGGCCACCAGCUGUCUCUAGACCUGCAGGUGAGCCAGGUGGCCUAUAUAUAGGCUCCCCAAUGCUGUGCAAGAGCUGGGGCCAUUCCCCUACACCCUUAUAAUCAAGUGACAUGAUUCUCCCAUGUCCCUGGCCAGCCCAGAGGGCCUAGGCCAUCCUCAGCUGCAGAGCCUCAUUGUGACCUUUGUAUUCUAUUCCGUGUGGUCACAGACACCUGUGCCUAGCAAUAUUUCCACUUGACCAAAUACCCGAAUCUUUUCCAUUUAUAUGCAAGAGAUAUAGUUUUAAGUAACUUUUUAUAGCAGUGAUACANUUGUAUGUGUGCACUCUGAGCUUCUGUGUCCCCUGAGCUCCUUCCUUCCAGUGACCGACUUGCAGGUGGGCCCAGGCCAGGGCUGGAGAGAAAGCUCUGAGACUUGGGGGUCUCUACCUUCACAUUUUGGACCAAAGUUUUUGUUUUCUGCCCACCUCUGACUGUGCCCAGUUGAGGGACCGACCUCUAGGCCUUAAUGUCCCUCCUGCACAGNCNCCUCCACCCUAGCCUGUUUGUAUGGGAGGAGUUCCCUGCACCCUGGUUCUGUGAAAGGCGUGGAAGAGUGUAAAUAUUUAUGAUUUUAUACCUGUGGGGCUGAGGCGGUGCAGNAGUUUUUUAUGGUGACAGAUGUAUAUUUUGGUAACGACUACAGGCUCAGUAUUGUCCUGGGGCCAGCCCUGGCCACAUCUACCCCAUCCCAGAUGGUGUAUUGGGGGGGGGGCUUUCCAUUAAAGCAGUUUUAUAACCUUUGUCUUCCCUGAGCCCUUCAUUCUGAGCUGUAGGCCAGGCUGGGCCUGGAUUCAAUAAACACCUGUGUCUU